AUGCUUGUUCCUCUCACUGGUCCCUCUUGUGGAAAAUGUGAACUUCGACGAACUCAGGGAACACCACCACCGGACGAUUAUAUGAGUAAGACGGUGCAAUGUUUUGAGGAGUUCGCGUUGAUCUACGCCAAUCAGAAUGUCCGCAAUCUCAGACCGAAUUUCUAUCUGCUCAACUUGACGAAUCUCACCUGGUUACCGUUGAACCUCAUGCUUUCACAUCACUUCCCGAAUGGAAAGAUAUCACUACAAAAGUGUGGCGAGGAGGUGGUCUAUCUACAUGGUGAUUGCAAUCUCUCCAACUGCGUUGAACGUACUCACCUCUAUCAAAUCGACGUUGAACCCCUUUCG